GCAGCCUCGGGGCAGCUCGUCCCGGGUUAAGGUGGACCCGGGCAGACGGCGCAGCCUCUCGGAGGGUUCAGGCCGGAGCUGCCCGCUCGGGGUUGGGGCUCGGUCCGGAGCACCCCUGCUCCAGCCCAAGGAGACCACUCGGGCCCCAGCCCCGCAGCCCACCCCAGGACCGGGCGUCCGGGCAGAUGGCAAAGGUGUCCCCGUGCGGCGAGGGACGAUGGAGGGCGCCGAGGGAGCCGUGCGGACCCCCGUAGUGCGGUGUCCAGUGCUGCCUUGUAGGGCUCUGAAGAUGUCAAACAGCACCACAACACAGGAGUCUCUGGAAAUAAUGAAGGAGUCAGAAAAAAAGGUGGUUGAGGAAUCUGUGAACAAAACCAAAUAUGUAUCCAGGUCACCAAGCAAGGAGGAGGUGGAGAAGGAUGGGGGGGAGGAGGUCAGCGUGCGCCAGGAAUCUCAGAGGCGAACUUCAACCCAUGGACAUGCCAGAAAAAGAGCCAAGUCUAAUUCCAAGCUUAAACUGGUCAGGAGUUUGGCUGUUUGUGAAGAAUCAUCUGGCCCCUUUGUAGAUGGGCUGCUGGAAUCCCAGGAUAUCAUUCAGUUGCACGUUAGCUGCCCCUCCGACAAGGAAGAGGAAAAGUCCACCAAAGAUGGGGCUGAAAAAGAAGAAAAAGACAAGAAUAAAGACAAGGCACCAAGGAGAAUGCUGUCUCGAGAUUCCAGCCAGGAAUAUACAGACUCCACUGGAAUAGAUUUGCAUGAAUUUUUAGUAAAUACACUGAAAAAAAACCCACGGGACAGAAUGAUGCUGCUAAAGUUAGAACAGGAGAUUCUGGAAUUCAUUAGUGAUAACAACAAUCAGUUUAAGAAGUUCCCUCAGAUGACCUCUUACCACAGGAUGCUGCUGCACCGGGUAGCUGCCUACUUUGGCAUGGACCAUAACGUUGACCAAACUGGGAAGGCAGUGAUUAUCAACAAGACCAGUAACACACGAAUCCCUGAGCAGAGGUUCUCUGAGCACAUCAAAGAUGAGAAGAAUGCAGAGUUCCCACAGAGGUUUAUCUUAAAACGAGAUGAUACCAGCAUGGACCGAGAUGAUAAUCAGAUCAGACUCCCCUUGCAGGAUGGGAGAAGGAGCAAAUCCAUAGAGGAGAGAGAGGAGGAAUAUCAGCGGGUCAGGGAGCGGAUAUUUGCACGAGAGAGUGGGCAGAAUGGAUAUCUCACUGACAGCAGAAUCUCCAAAGAAGCCUUUUCUUCUAGUUCUCAAAAACGGAGGCAGAUUUUUAGGGGCAACAGAGAGACUUUGACCCGGGCCUCCAGCAGUCGCCAGAGCAGCACAGAAAGUGAGAUCAAAUCCCUGGAGCCUCGGCCGUGGAGCAGCACAGACUCAGAUGGUUCCAUCCGUAACCUGAGACCACCAGUUACCAAAGCCAGCAGCUUCAGUGGCAUCUCCAUCCUGACCAGGGGGGACAGCAUUGGGAGUAGCAAAGGCAGCACUGCCAGCAGAACUUCCAGGGCAGGUUUGGUGCUAGGUGCCCCUGAAGCAUGCAGCCAGUCCCCUUCUUCACAGCCCACCCGUGGCCUCCUGCCCUGCACAGCCCAACAGCCUCAACCACAGCCACCCCAACAACCACCACCACAGCCCCAAGGACUUCCACCUGCAGCAGCCCAGCAGCAGCCAGCCAUGAAUAACCACAUGCUGUCCCAGCCGGUCCCAGCGCUGCAGCCUGUUCAGUAUUCUCCAAGCUCCUGCCCCCAAGUCCUCUUGCCAGUCUCUCCACCCCAGCAGUACAACUUGGCAGAGGAGCUCAGCAGCCCCUUUGGGCAGAUCAGCCUCAGCCGCCAGGGCUCUACAGAAGCACCAGAUCCUUCCUCAGCUCUGUUCCAGUCAUCCCUCAUCUCCCAGCAUCCUCAGCAGACAGGAUUCAUCAUGGCAGCCCCUGGCCAGCCCAUCCCCACUUCCAACUACUCGGCCUCAGGGCACACGGCCCCCACCCAGCAGGUGCUGCAGCCCCAGGGCUACAUUCAGCCUCCCCAGCAAAUUCAGGUUUCUUACUACCCUCCUGGGCAGUACCCAAACUCCAGCCAGCAAUAUCGAUCUCUCAGUCACCCAGUGGCCUACAGCUCCCAACGCACUCAGCAGCUCCCCCAGCAGUCCCAGCAGCCUGGUUUACAGUCAAUGAUGUCCAACCAGCAGCAAACAUACCAAGGUGUCAUUGGAGUGCAGCAGGCACAGCCCUCUGGGCUCCUCAACAGCCAGAGGAACAGCAUGGGGGGCCAGAUGCAGAGUGUGAUGGGAGUGCAGCAGGCACAGCCUCCUGGCCUUCUCAGCAGCCAGAGGAGCAGCAUGGGGAGCCAGAUGCAAGGCAUGAUGGUCCAGUACACUCCACUGCCUUCAUACCAGGUUCCUGUGGCCAAUGAGUCCCAGAGUGUGGUCCAGCAGCCCUUUCAGCAGCCAGUGCUGGUACCAGCAAGCCAGUCUGUUCAGGGGGGUCUUCAGGCUGGAGGGGUACCCAUCUACUACAGUGUCAUCCCAGCUGCCCAGCAGAAUGGCACCAGCCCUUCGGUGGGGUUCCUCCAGCCUCCUGGCUCUGAACAGUAUCAAAUGCCACAGUCCCCAUCCCCCUGCAGCCCACCCCAGAUGCAGCAGCAGUAUUCAGGGGUGUCUCCAUCAGGCCCUGGUGUGGUUGUGAUGCAGCUGAAUGUACCCAAUGGCCCCCAGGCCCCCCAGAACCCCCCUGUGGUGCAGUGGAGCCACUGUAAGUACUACAGCCUGGAGCAGCGGGGGCAGAAGCCAGGAGACCUCUACAACCCAGACACCAGUGCUCAGGCCAGUACCCAGCUGAACAGCCCCAUCACCUCCCCCACUCAGUCCCCAACGCCGUCUCCUGUCACCAACCUCAACAGUGUCUGCACAGGGCUGAGCCCCCUCCCUGUCCUCACACAGUUCCCUCGGCCCAUGGGCCCAGUACAAGGCGACGGGCGUUACUCAUUGCUGGGCCAACCUCUGCAGUAUAAUCUCUCUAUUUGUCCCCCACCACUGCUCCACAACCAGCCCAACUACACCAGUGCACACCAGGGGCAGACUGGAAUGAAACAUGGAAACCGAAGCAAGAGACAGACCCUCAAGUCAGCAUCCACUGACCUUGGGACAAGUGAUGUAGUGCUGGGCCGAGUGCUGGAGGUGACAGACCUGCCCGAGGGCAUCACACGGACAGAAGCUGACAAACUCUUCACUCAGCUCGCCAUGGCUGGUGCCAAAAUCCAGUGGCUCAAAGAGACUCAGGGGCUCCGUGGAGACGAGGGCAGCGGGGACACCAGUGGGACUCCAGAGAACGGCAGGCACAGUGACCUUGCUGCCUUAUACACCAUCGUGGCCGUGUUCCCCAGCCCACUGGCUGCCCAGAAUGCCUCCCUGCGCCUCAACAACUCCCUCAGUCGGUUCAAACUUCGUGUGGCCAAAAAGAACUAUGACCUACGGGUGCUGGAACGUGCCAGCUCCCAGUAGGGCUCCCCCGUGGGCACAGAGCACACUGGACUGCGGGCACUUCCCUUCCUUUCUGCCCUCCCCUUCCUCUCGCCCCGGAUAUAUUUAUAUGGACAUAAUUAAGAGACAAGAAAUUGUUUGGGUUUUGUUUUUUGGGGUGGUUUUCUUUGGUUUUUUUCUUUUUUUUUUUUGUUUUUUUUUAAUUAUUAAUAUUUUUUGAGUGAUGCCCGCGCCCACCCCACCUUACCCCUGUGUAUAUUGUUUUGUUAAGCACUGUGUUGAACUGCACAUACAGGUGUUGAUUGGUAUGUUCACUGCACAUUUUAUUUAAUCUGAUUAUUAUUUUGGGGGGGUGGGGGUGGUAUUUUUGGUUUUAUUUU